GACCGGAUCCCCGCCUCUCACCGGACUGAGGAGAAGCUCGGAACAUGGCGCAUUCACUCUGGAUUCACUGGAUUGACUUUUCCCAACAAAGUACUGGCGGAUUAUCGCUGCUCAGCACGCACUUCUUCACGUGAGCGAGCAGGAAAAAGCUGGUUUCCGCUCGUGCUUCUCUUCUCUGUGGCUGGGAUGAAAGUUUGGAGCCGCUCGUGCCGGAUUUAGCAGAGAUGGAAAAGCAAAGGACGAGGAAAGAGAAGUUCUCCCUGUUCGGUUCUCGCUCCUCCAGCAGAACUGCCAACCCUCCCUCCUCCUCCUCCUCCUCUUCCUCCUCAUCCCCUGGUAUCCAUUCAGCAGCGACUCUGAAGAGGCUGGAACGACCAGUGGGCGGCGCUCCGUCAAGCUUAAGCAAAGCAGAGUUCCUGGAGCGCGUGCGUCGCAGCAACCAGGCCUGCCAGCAGGGGGAGUACGCCCUGGCUGUGCGUCUGUACAGCGAGGCGCUCGCCGCUGACCCACAAAACUGCAUUUUGUACAGCAACCGCUCGGCGGCGUACCUGAGACUGGGUCAGUACAGCACCGCGCUGGACGACGCUAUCAAAGCACGACUCAUCAACCCCAAGUGGCCCAAGGCCUACUUUCGUCAGGGGGUUGCCCUUCAGUACCUCGGUCGUCAUGCCGACGCCCUGGCAGCAUUUGCCUCCGGCCUCGCCCAGGACCCCAAGAGUCUCCAGCUGCUCGUUGGCAUGGUGGAGGCUGCCAUGAAAUCUCCUCUCAGAGACACCCUGGAGCCCACCUACCAGCAGCUGCAGAAGAUGAAGUUGGACAAGAGUCCCUUUGUCGUCGUGUCCGUCAUUGGUCAGGAGCUGCUGACCCACGGUUUCCACGGCGCCUCUGUCGUCGUGCUGGAGGCGGGGCUGAAGAUCGGCACGUGCUCGCUGAAGCUGCGUGGCUCCGUCUUCUCGGCCCUGAGCGCCACCUACUGGUCUUUAGGCAACACAGAGAAGAGCAUCGCCUACAUGCAGCAGGACCUGGAGGUCACCAAGACUUUAGGUGACCAGUCAGGUGAGUGUCGUGCUCAUGGGAACCUCGGCUCUGCGCUCUUCUCCAGAGGCAGUUACAGAGAAGCACUGGCCAACCACAGGAACCAGCUGGUGCUGGCCAUGAAGCUCAAGGACAGAGAGGCGGCGUCUGACGCUCUCAGUAGUCUGGGCCAUGUUUACACAGCCAUCGGUGACUACCCCAACGCUUUGGCGAGCCAUAAACAGUGUGUGCUGUUGGCGCGACAAACCCAGUGUCAGGUCUCUGAGGCUCGGCAGCUCGGCAACAUGGGCGCGGUGUACACAGCGCUGGGAGACUUCACCAACGCUGUUCAGUGUCACAAGCAGCACCUGGACAUCGCAAAGACUCUGGAGAACCGGCGUGAGGAAGCACGGGCGUACAGUAACCUGGGCAGUGCCCACCACUCUCAACGGGACUUCGACAAGGCCAUAGCUUACCACACCAGAGUGCUGGGGUUGGCACAGGAGCUGGAGGACAAAGCCAUUGAGAUGAGGGCAUUUGCUGGUCUGGGACACGCUGCCCGCUGCAUGCAGGACCUGGAGAGGGCACUUCAGCAUCACCAGCAUCAGCUGGACAUCGCCAAGGAGCUGCAGGACAGAGCCGCACAGGGCCGAGCCUCGUCCAACCUGGGCAUUAUACACCAGAUGAAGAGGGAGUAUGAGACGGCGCUGAAGCUCCACAAAGCUCACCUGUCCUUGGCCCAGGAGCUCGGUGAUUACGCUGCUCAGGGAAGAGCCUACGGGAAUAUGGGCAACGCCUACCACGCACUGGGCGUCUACGACCAAGCCGUGCGUUACCACCGACAAGAGCUGCAGAUGUCACUGGAGGUGAACGAUCGUCCGUCACAAGCCUCCACACACGGUAACCUGGCAGUAGCGUACCAGGCUUUGGGCGCUCACGACCAGGCUCUCCAGCACUACCUUCACCACCUGACCAUCGCACGAGAACUGCAAGACUCUCAGAGUGAAGCUAGAGCACUCGCAAACCUGGGCAACUUCCACAGUUGGAGGGGUGAAUAUGCUCAGGCUCUGCCGUACUACCAGCAGUACCUGUCCCUGGCUCCAGGCUUGCAGGAUCUGGAAGGAGAAGGCAAAGUUUGCCACAACCUCGGCUACGCUCACUACUGCAUCGGGCAGUACAGAGACGCCGUGAGGUACUACGAGCAGGACCUGGCUUUGGCGAAGGACCUUCAAGACAAAUUAUCCCAGGCUAAAGCUUACUGUAACCUGGGCCUGGCCCACAAAGCACUGGGGGAAUACAGCAAAGCAGAGGAGUGUCAGAGAUACUUGCUGUCUCUCGCACAAGCCCUGGACAACACACAGGCAGUCUUCAGGGCCUUUGGGAACCUUGGCGAUGUGUGUGUAUGUCGGGGUGAUCUUCCCGGAGCUGUGAGGUUCUACCAGCAGCAGUUAAGCCUGGCUCAGAAGGUCAAUGAUCAGAAGAUGGAGGCUGAUGCCUACUCAGCACUCGGGUCAGUUCACAGGCUGCUGCGGCAGCUGGACGCAGCCUUGUCCUUCCACAGCCAGGAACUGACCAUCCGGAAGGAUCUGGGCGACCAGCAGGGGGAGUGCCGCGCCCUCGGCCACCUGGCCGCAGUUCACAUGGCCCUGGGAGACUACACUACCACCUUCCAGUGUUACGAGACCCAGCUGGGCCUGGCUCAGGGGCUCAGGGACGCCCGUCUGGAGGCCCAGGUCCACGGGAACAUGGGCAUCACUAAAAUGAACAUGGGAGUCUUUGAGGAGUCCAUCGGUUAUUUUGAGCAGCAGCUGGCCAUGCUGCAGCAGCUGACUGGAACUGAGAGCAUGAUGGACCGAGGCAGGGCCUAUGGGAACCUGGCAGACUGCUAUGAUGCUCUGGGAGACCAUGAGGAGGCGAUCCAGUACUAUGAGAAGUACCUGACUGUGGCCCAGAGUCUAAACCAUGUCCAGGACCAGGAGAAGGCCUACAGAGGACUUGGCAAUGCACACAGGUCCACUGGCAGCCUCCAGCAGGCGCUGGUGUGCUUGGAGAAGCGGCUGGUGGUGGCCCAUGAGCUGGGUGGAGAAGGAGGGGGAAAGGCCCAGGCUUAUGGGGAACUGGGCGCCUUACACAGCCAGCUGGGCAACUACGAGCAGGCCCUGUCGUGCCUGGAGCACCAGCUUCACAUUGCACACACAGCAGUGGAUAAAUCCCUGGAGGCAGAGGCCAGUGAUGCUCUUGGAGGCAUUUAUCAGCUGAUGGCAGACAAUGAGACGGCGCUACAGUGGCACCAGAGGGCUUUGGAUUUAGCCGAGCAGACGAGGUGUGUGAGCAGCCAGGGUCGAGCCUAUGGCAACUUGGGACUGACCUAUGAAGCCAUGGGCAACUACGAGCGGGCGGUGGUCUUUCAGGAGCAGCACCUGAGUGUGGCGGCGCAGACCAAUGAUCUGACGGCUAAAACUCUGGCCUAUGGAAGCCUGGGGAGGACACAUCACGCACUGCAAAACUAUGCACAGGCUGUGAUGUACCUGCAGGAAGGUCUGCGUCUGGCAGAGCAGUUAGGACGCAGAGAAGAGGAAGCUAAGAUACGCCACAGUCUGGGUCUGUCUCUGUGGGCGAGUGGAAACCUGGAGGAGGCUCAGCACCAGUUGUACAGAGCGUCAACGUUGUUUGAGAUGAUUCGACACGAGACGCAGCACAGCACGGAUUACAAGCUCUCACUGUUUGACCUGCAGACCAGCCUGUACCAGGCUCUCCAGCGAGUCCUCGUCAGCCUAGGUCGACAUGAUGAAGCUCUGGCCGUAGCAGAGCGAGGACGCACGCGAGCCUUCGUCGAUCUCCUGGUUGAACACCAGAGAGGCAGUCAGCAGGCAGCGAGCACUGACCCUUACGUCCCGGUCACUGUGGAGCACAUCCUGGACACGGUCAACAGUCAGAGGACGAUGGUGCUCUACUUUUCUCUGGCAGGAGGAUUUCUGUACAGCUGGCUGAUAUCUCCAGGAACAGGUAUCGUGAAGUUUAACGAGGUGUAUCUUGGAGAGGCCGGAGCAGACGUGUCUGAGCUCCAGGAGGGUGGAGGAGGAGGAGGAGGAGGAGGAGGAGCAGGUGCAAGUCCUCUGUCUCUGGACCAGCACAUCUACAAUGCCAGAGAGUUUCUCGGAGUGGAGAGCCAUCACAGCAGGAUUUGCUCCGGCAGUGAGACAGAGAGCGAGGCUGGAGAUCUGUUAGAGCAACAGUUCGAGGAGCUGAACAACAAACUCAGCUCGACCACCGACCCGUCAGGUUACCUGCGCAUGGUCUCCAGGAACAACAUCAACAACAGAAGCAUGACGAGCCUCUACAGCGCCACAGUAUCUCCAGUAAAGGACAACCUCUCCUCUCCUCCUGGUCGACUGAGUAAUAUAAGCAAACCUCCUCUGCGAGCCCUUUAUGACUUACUCAUUGCACCAAUGGAAGGGGGUCUGAUGCACAGCAGUGGACCUGUGGGCAGACACAGACAGCUGAUACUAGUGUUGGAGGGGGAAUUGUACCUGGUCCCAUUUGCCUUGCUUAAAGGCAGCUCCUCUAAUGAGUACCUGUACGAGAGGUUCAGUCUCAUCUCUGUCCCGUCCUUGGCCAGCCUGGGAGCCGCUGUCAAGCCUCAGCAUUGCCGUGGCCCCUCCCUUUGCACAGAUGGAGGUUCAGUGGCUGCAGUAGUGGGAGCGCCUCGCCUGCCCCCCAGUGUGAUGGACCGCUGGUUGUGGGGGCCUCUGCCUUCAGCCCAGGAAGAGUCUCUGUGGCUGGGGGAUCAGCUGGGGUGUCACCCACUGACCGGAGCAAACGCCACGAAGGAGCGCGUACUCGCUGCUCUGAGUCAGGCUGAGUGUGUUCACUUCGCCACUCAUAUAUCCUGGAAGCUUGCUGCGCUGGUGCUCGCCCCAAGCCGCGAGCACGCCGGGGGGGAGGCCGCUACCGGCAGACCCAAGGAGAGGUCUCCAUGUGGGGCGUCGACCUCAAGCGAGAAUGUGGACCGAGACGUCGACGGUUCCUUUUCAGUGAGUCACAGCAGCCCAGAGAGACUCAGAGGAGCAGAGGGACCAAAUGAGGACGUGGACAGUGUGUGUGACAGUCCAUCACUUCAAGACGUCCUCCUCACUGCUGCUGACAUUCUGGGCCUGUCCUUAACUGUCAAAUUAGUGGUUCUCAGGUUGUUCCCAGAGUCCAGCAGCAGGGUGACAGCUGACGGGGUGGUGGGUCUGACCCGAGCAUUCUUAGCUGCAGGCGUCCAGUGUGUGUGCGUCUCCUUGUGGCCUGUGCCAAUAGCUGCCUCCAAACUGUUCACACACACCUUCUACACUGCCCUGCUCAACGGCACUAAAGCCAGCGCUGCUCUGACGGAGGCUAUGAAGACGCUACAGAGCAGCACGCACUUCUCACACCCGUCCAACUGGGCUGGUUACAUGUUGAUUGGCAAUGACGUGAAGCUGAACAGCCCCAUGUCGCUGGUUGGCCAAGCUCUGGCAGAGAUGCUCCAGUAUCCAGAGAGAGCACGGGACGCCCUCAGAGUGCUGCUACACUUGGUUGAGAAGUCUUUGCAGCGUAUUCAGAGCGGCCAGUGUAACCCAAUGUACACAUCACAACAAAGCAUCGAGAACAAGGUGGGCGCUGUACCAGGCUGGCAGGCUCUUCUGUCUGCGGUGGGUUUCAGGUUGGACUAUUCCGGUAGCGGCACGGGUCUCCCUGCGGCGGUCUUCUUCCCCAUGUCAGACCCUGGGGAUCGACUGCAGCAGUGCAGCACCACCCUACAGUCCCUGCUUGGUCUUACCCCUGCAGCUCUGCAGGCUCUGUGUAAACUGGUCACAGCGUGUGAGGCUGGAGAACAACUCAUUCACAAGCUUCACCAGGUGCUGGUGCAGUUUCAGUCCGGAGACAAAGAGCAGGAUUUUUCUCUGGCUCCCAUACAAGUGUCCAUAAGUGUGCAGCUGUGGAGGCUGCCGGGCUGCCACGAGUUCCUGGCUGCACUCGGCUUCGAUCUGUGUGAGGUUGGUCAGGAGGAGGUCGUGCUAAAGACUGGGAAGCAGGCCAGCAGGCGCACCAUGCACUUUGCCCUUCAGUCUCUACUCGCACUGUUUGACUCCACAGAGCUUCCCAAGCGACUGAGCAUGGACAGCUCUUCGUCUCUGGAGUCGCUGUCAUCGUCGCAGUCUGCCUGUCAGCCUCACUCUCUGCCGCUCUCCUUCAGUUGUUACCCGCCUCAGCCCUCCUUCCUGCCACAGGUCUGUCCAGACACCCUGUCCUGCGACGCCAUCUCUGUCUACAGCCUCAGCUCCCUCGCCUCUUCCCUCAGUUUCUUGUCCCGGCCGGAGCCCGCAGGAAGUGACAUCAUAAGCCACCGCUCGCACCAACAGGAGCCGGAUAGACAGCGCGGAGCGGCAGGCCUCUACGCCUCGCAUCGCCAUCCCGGCGGCCUGUCAAGAGGUCGACUGACCAAUCACGGAGGAGCAGCAGAGGCGGAGGAUGACGAGUACGAAGGUUACUCCAUCAUAAGCAGUGAACCGUUAGGACGAGGAGGGAGGGACUGUGACACGCUGCCGCUGCCUGCAGGACACAGACACGGCAGAGGCGGCGCUGGGCGAGGAUCUAAUGGCGCUCAUGGGUAUCCCAGAACAAUCUCCUCCAAGGGAAGCGUCAGCACACCCACGUCUCCCAUCAAAGCUCCGCCGCUGCCAGUCAAGGUGGCAGCCAGUGCUAAUCUCAGGCAGGAAAUCACGUCUCCUCAGAGGACUAAAAAGGGCAAAGUUAGCAGCUCAGAGUCGGACCAGUCAAGUACUGAGACCGACAGCACGGUCAAGUCCCAGGAGGAGAGGACGGGGCCUGCCGGACAAAUGGAUCCACAGGAGCUGGCGCAGAAGAUCCUGGAGGAGACUCAAAGCCACAUGCAAGCUGUGGAGAGUCUGCAGAAAGCAAACGUUCGAGGGAAGACACUGAUCAGGGCGGAGGGGAAAAAACAGUCAUCGCUUUCUACUCCCACAAGCCCGACGUUGACUCCCUCUGGCAGAGAGCGUGGGUUUCAUCCGUCUGAGACCAGUGCGUUCAGCAGACCACCCAGUCGGGCAAGUCUGAAAACGUGCUCCUCUCUUCUUUCUCCUCACCGUUCACUCCUCUCCACCUCUGUCUCCACACCUCCCCCAACUCCGCCCAAACCAUCUCACGCCUCUGUGCGACAGAAAAUCAGCUCCGGCUCUUUGUGUUCAUCUGUCGCUGUGAAGGAUCAGGGUUCACCGGUCUGCACAGCUUCCUCAGAUGUGCACGCUCAGCAGACUCAGCACAAACUAAAACACCACGUCUCACCCUCCCACUCCCCGGCUGACACUGCACCAUCACCAGCUCCGUCCUGUUCCUCUGAAGGAUCCGUUUCCGCCUCGUCCAGUUCUGUAAACACUCCUGAAGUGAAGCAAGCGGGACAGGACAACAAAGUCCAGACUGUUCGUAACUUAAAAACCUUCUGGUCCAACAGCAGCCGGACACAUGAGGCGCCCUGCGCCGCCAGUUUACUCCAGGGUGGGAACAAAAAGAUGAGCACAGUUCAGAAGGAUGUUCUCGGUUUGCUUAACCUCUCCCCCAAACAGCAGCCUCUCAGCAGGGAUUCUGAAGCAGAUGGUCACCAAAAACUGGACGCCAAACCCCGCCCACCUCCAUCUGAUGCUGUCCCCACAAACUCCAAAGGAGGCCUCAGUCUUCCCAGUGCGAAUGGAUACAAAUUUCUCUCGUCAGGUCAUUUUUUUCCAUCCUCUAAAUGUUGAGAGUUUGGAUAUUUGGAAAGUCUUCUGUUGUGUUUUCAGACAGGAGUCAAAUACAACCAGCAACACCCACAGACAAGAAAGAAAGAAAGAAAGAAAGAAAGAAAGACAGAA